AUGCGGUUUCUUUUUGGGAAGGGAACUUGGAAACGUCAGACACUUUGAACGAUCUUGAAGCACAGGAUGCCCGACCGGGUCAUCGUUCACCGCGCGGAAGCAACAAUUAUGAAUCUCCAAUCACCGUCGUGGCCGUCGUCACCAUUAUCAUCUUCCCGAGUCAAACGGGCUCCUUAAUGUCAAGGGCAGUGGGGCCAGGAAUAACGUUCGGAGCCCGAUUCAUUCAGACCAGUCGACUCCUCAAUCCCGUCGCUUUCGAUGGAGAUUUCCAGUUCAUCUUCCUUGACUCGCCGCCGCCCAUGGCACAGGCAAAGUCCACCCAUUAUCUUUAUUGUUGGCACCUUCUUUUCUUUUCAUUUUCUGUCUUCUCUUUCUCGGCUGCCCUUUAUAUAUGCGCUGCUCGAGCGCCUCGGGCUGACCACCUUCGUUGCUGACGUGACUUCGCUUCGUCCAUGGAGUUUUGAGAGCUCCUCUCUGUUGGGAAGAGCCGUCCGGCAUGGGAAUCUGCGGUGGGAAACCUGCGAAGUGCGCUCAUGCUUCGACCAUUACCUUCGCCGAAGCUAAACGAUCUCUUAGCAAUGUUAGCCGGGAUCCACCCCCUCUCAACCAGCAAGAGGCUAUACCAGGCCUGAAGAAACCUCUGAUGAAUUCCAAGCUUGAUUCCUUGGUCUGCAACAAUCUCAAGUCCUUUAGCCUCAGCGAUCUCAAGAAUGCCACCAAAAACUUCCGCUCUGAAAGUAUGCUUGGAGAGGGAGGGUUUGGUUGUGUGUUCAAAGGAUGGAUUGAUGCGAAUACACUAUCUCCUGCUAAACCUGGAAGCGGGAUGGUGGUGGCUAUAAAGAAACUGAAGUCUGAGAGCUUUCAAGGCCACAAGGAAUGGCUUGCAGAAGUAAAUUAUUUGGGCCAACUUCACCAUGAGAAUCUAGUUAAGCUUAUUGGCUAUUGCUGUGAGUCAGAUAACAGGCUACUCGUGUACGAAUUCAUGCCAAAGGGUAGCUUGGAGAAUCAUUUAUUCAGAAAAGGCGUCGAACCCAUUCCUUGGGCCACAAGGAUGAACAUUGCCAUCAGUGUUGCGCAAGGAUUGUCUUUCUUGCAUGGCCUAGAUGCUAAUGUCAUCUACCGUGAUUUGAAGGCUUCCAAUAUACUGCUCGAUUCGGAUUUUACUGCCAAACUUUCAGAUUUUGGCUUAGCUAGGGACGGGCCUACCGGGGACAAAACUCAUGUUUCAACACGAGUAGUGGGAACCCGGGGCUAUGCAGCUCCAGAGUAUGUGGCGACAGGUCACCUAACGCCGAAGAGCGAUGUCUACAGCUUCGGUGUUGUUUUGUUAGAGUUACUGAGUGGAAGACGGGCUCUGGAUGACGAGAGACCUGGUUAUAUUGAGGAGACCUUGGUCGAGUGGGCGAAGCCUUUCUUAAGCGACAGCAGGCGGAUCUUUAGGAUCAUGGACACAAGACUGGGCGGUCAAUACUCUAAGAAAGAAGCCCAAGCUGCUUCUGCUCUUGCUUUGCAAUGCCUCCAUACGGAUCCGAAGAGUAGGCCGCCGAUGGUUGACGUUCUGGCGACUCUAGAAGAGCUGCACACAACAAAGGAAGGGCUGAGAACGCCGCCCUCUAAGCUCGACCACCAUGGGAAAUGGAAUUAAGCAUCUCGAGCGGUGCUUACGCUACAAGUACUGUAUGAGGUCCGUUGCAGCAGUAGCUGGGGUCCGCAUUAUUGGUUUCGAGUACCGGAAUUAG